GACUCUGGAAGGGCCACUGGAAGAGGAGCCUGGCUAUAGUGAUGCCCAACAAGACUGGAAAAGCAACCCUGUGAGGUAAAUCAGGCUGCAAGAAUGACUGAGGUCACCCGUUAAGUUUCCAUGGCACAACGCCAUGGUGAACGCUGCUGCUUCCUCCAACAGGGACCUUUUUGAACUCAGCAGUAAUGAUACAGCAGAAAUCAACUUGCACGCAGUGGAGUCCAUUAGCGACCUGCAUUGUGUGUCCAGCAGACACGACCAUGUCAAGGGCUCAGAAGGGAGUGCCCACUCUCAACUUAAUACCACACAGACUCCACAUGGGGCAUUCUCCAAGCACGUCCGUCUCCCCGAUGAAGAUGACUCAUCCUUCCUACCACCAGGCCAGGCUGUUCACAUCAUCCCUGCUUGUACCUGCUGCCCCUGUUUCAGUCCCACCUGCUGCCCAACAGGCUUCUUUGCUCUCCUUGGCGUGCUUGUAGUGGCCAGCCUUGCUCUAGCCACACUGGCUGUCUAUCUGAGUGUCUUACAGAGCGAGUCACUUCGUGUUCUUGCCCGAUGGUUGGAGUCCCAGGAAGCGACCAUCCGGCAAAUGAGGGCCAUGAGCUUACACGUAUGGAGUCAACUAAAUGUCAGUGACCCUGGGGCUCGAACCUGAGUUAACUUCCAUCACCUCUACCUUCCCCUUGGGGAGCCUGGUUCCAAUCUUACAGAAGAGGGGAAACCAACUCACUGCUUGACACAUUGUAGACACUGACCUGACUUGAGAUGGCAAAUGAGAUUCUGAAGCAAAAAGUUCUCCAGAAUCCCUGGUGGGGAGAGUCCUCCAGGCAUCAGUGGAUACAGACCUCAGGCUGUCUGAAGAAGGCAGAACAGAGGGGAAGAAAUGGUACCGAGACCUAAUAGGAAUGGUGUUUCUCAUGUGCAGCCUUUCUCCAACUCAUUUUUUAAAAUCACAUACAGUGUUCUAGCACCUUACUCACACCCAAUUGUUCCACUAUAUACCCAUUUUGAUCCUAUCUUUGAGCAAGUAUCUGAUAUAUGACAAUUAAAGUGACAAAACUAGAUCAGCUACUUUUUAACUAAUGCAUAUGACUUACUUCCUUAGUAGAUUUGGCUGGUUUAUGAAAUUCAGGUGCAGCAUGUAGAAAAGAGACUAGAAGCAUGUAAAGAACUAGGCUUGGGAACAAAGAAGAAGGGCUUGUGGGAUAUCAAAAUAUUAAGAGGAACAUAAUUAA